AUGGCAUCUCCCACGGCCACUGCGCAGGGGCAUGGUGCCAUGGCUACUGCUCCUGCGCCUCCCAAUGCCACCGGCGGCACCUCCAAGAGCAGGACCAUCGUCGCUGUCUCGGUGCUUCUGGGCGUGCUAUUCAUCGUCAUCAUGCUGGUUUGGUGGACCAGUGGGAAACGGCGUCCCCAGGAACCAUCCUCCAUGCCCGUCAUAUAUCGACAUGUCAUCGAGGAGAAACGAAAGACUGCCGUCUCAAACUCCUUCGUGGAGUCGAUGCCUCUUGUCAAGUAUGGCACGGUGAUACGAGUGGCGCAAAUGGACAACCGGACAGACGAAGAGGCGAACAUUGCCAUCAAGGGAAAGGUGUUCGUAGACGCCGCAAGGAGAAGUGAAUGUCCUGUUUGCGUCGAAAACUUUACUCCUUCUGAUGAGCAGAACGGACCUGAGAAGAAUCGCCCCAUCGCCAGUCCCCGAUCUGCAGGUUCCAAGGCCAGCUCAUCUUCAGGCGAGAACCACGACAUGGUAAAUUCGACCAUAUUGAGCAGUACAUACCCCAAAAACAUGCAUGGCAAUCAGGGAACUCAAUACCAACCCACUUGA